AGGGACCACCAGUCCUUCAUUUCUUCUUCCUUCCCCGUUCCCCCUCCGUCUUCGUAGAUCUGCAACUUUUUCUUCUCCUACACGCAAUUGAACAUAUCAUCAUCACAAUCAUCCGCUUCAGAUCGUAGCCGUAUAUCUGAAAAUGGUGCUGGUCUCGGCCGUACGGGAUUACCUGAGUCGGAUGUUGCAGGACAUCUCCGGCAUGAAGGUUCUCAUCCUGGAUUCCCACACGGUCAGUAUAGUCAGCGUGGCGUAUUCGCAAUCCGAGCUUCUUCAGAAGGAAGUGUUUCUGGUGGAAUUGGUAGACUCCAUUUCCAAGUCCAGAGAAUCCAUGUCUCACCUCAAAGCCGUCUACUUCCUCGCACCCACUUCAGAGAAUAUACAGUAUUUGCGCCGGCACUUGGUUGCUCCUCGAUUUGGAGACUAUCACCUCUUUUUCUCCAACAUAUUGAAGGAUACCCAGAUUCAUAUUUUAGCUGACUCAGAUGAGCAUGAAGUUGUGCAGCAACUUCAGGUAAUUCAUCAUUCACUCAAAUGCUUUCUCGCAUGUUCGUUUCGAUUAUCUGAAAAUUUAUGUAUGUGGAAGCUGACCAAAGCAGGGACCUUGAACUCACCUGUUCGUGCUGGCUUUGGUAACGGGACCACAGCAAUGGUUCACGAAUUGAUUGGUAUUCAAGACAACAAAGUCGACUUACGAAACAUUGGAAAAUUUCCAAAGGAUCAACAGAGGACACUGCCAAGUUUGACAAUUACCCUGAGUAAAAGGCACGGAAAAAGCAGGCAGCAUGUGGCACUGGUAACAGAACAGACACUUGUCCAGUUUCUCUUGAAGCAAGCGGGUGUGGAUAAGCGAACCGGGGAUCUUUUUGGAAAUCGAGAUUUCUUAAACAUUGCACGUAACAUGGCUCGUGGGCUGAAGGGGGUUGAGAAUGUGUACACGCAACACCAGCCUCUUCUCUUCCAAACUAUGGAAAGCAUCAGUAAGGGACGGCUGAGAGAUGUGGAUUAUCCAUUUGUGGGAAAUCAUUUCCAGCAGGGCAGGCCUCAAGAUGUGGUCAUUUUCAUUGUUGGGGGGACAACUUACGAGGAGUCUCGUUGUGUAGCUUUACAAAAUGCUAUGAAUACUGGAAUUCGCUUUGUACUUGGUGGUUCUGUGAUUCUCAAUUCUAAAAGGUUCUUGAAGGACUUGGAAGAAGCUCAGAGACUAGCUCGUACUAGCAACGCCAUCUGAGUUUUGGUUUCUGGUAUGUCUAGCAUUUGAAGAGCGACGUGGAUAAGUGGUUGUGGAUGUAUAUGGGUGUUGUUUAUGUCACUUGCUUUAAUAUAAAAAUUGCUACACGUGCUUGGGGGAUCAUCCGAAUCAACCCUCUGUUGCUGCGAGAUGGCCUUUGUUUACCAUUUUGUUGGAGUUAGAACUGAAGGGAAGACGUAUCCCAUAAAUUUGGAGGCUAAGAUCUACAGCAGUUCCCACCCUCCCUCCGAUAAGAACCGCCGAGAAGAACCAAUUUUUCUGCUAACCAAGCCAGAUAUCCGUAGGUCUUAAUUAACAUAACAUGUACUUUGCCUUGUUAAGAACAUGCCAAUACCUACAUCUUCCUAUUCUUUUAUAUAUACAGCUUGUAUUCAUGUAGUUGUACUUCAGAUAUUGUGAGAAACCAAAGUAUAGAUUUACAGCAGUGGCUUCUUGUUCCAAUUUCAGCUUUUGGUGAGA